UGCUUCCGGUAUCGGGUAAACUUUGAAGAAGUCAUCGUCAUAUUGUUUCUGUCAGAUUUUAGGGAUUGAUCCAGUAUUAUGGGAGGAGAAAUUGAAUCACAUGCUCGAGUCAGAGCGUAUGUUCGGGAGCAAUGGAAUGCACUGUCUUCGUCGUCGGACGCUGAUCAGAAAAUAACUAUUUUGAGAGACGUAGCCUGUUUAUUGCCGACAUCAGCAACAAAAUCCCAUCCAGAGUUCAAAGAUACAGAAUCGUUCAACAAAGCCAGGGACAUUUUCACAAAAUAUCAUUAUUCUCGAUUUGCGGGAAAUUUGCUCGACCUGCUGUCACAUGACUGGGUGUCAGAUCUUCCUCGAAAGGCUAUACGGAAUGUGAUUGACGAGUUCUAUUUGAAGGGCUCCCCCCAGGAUGUGUUUCCCAUUCUUUGCACAGCGGUGUACACUUCCCCGCCAAGCUAUAAGCAGAGCAAAUCCGUAUUUCUUCUUGAGGAGUUCUUUAGACUUGACCUGCUGAAGAUGAUCUUUCUGAAUCAGGUAGAAAAACACUCUGUCAGUACAUCUGAGACAGUCAGUCAAGCAGAGAUGUGGGAUGAGUUAGUGUCUCUCAUCUCUUCAUUCCCUGAUAAAAUGGCAAAUGCUCUUAAAAAGCAAAUUAGUCAGGUGUUUAUGCCAUCCAGUUACAUCCGGAUAAUUAGCACCUGUUUAGUGGAAGGCCUGGAAAAGUGUCACAUGCUCUUAUUGGAGGGAAAAGAUUGUUCUCUGGAGUUCAGUAGCCAGGUUCUGGGGAAGUUAUGUCUGUCUGGAUAUUCGGAGACUUUGUGGAAACACUUAUUGCCAUCUCUACUGGUUUUCGUGAGGAGGGAUUUUGUGUGGGUUCGUUUGUGUGAGAGGUUAAUAACUGGUAUACCUGACAGGUGUAUGGAAUCAGUGAUCAUUCCAGUGCUGACAUCAGUACCUUGGUUUGGAAUGGUUGAAAGCCUCUUGGGAGACUCUGUCGUUCACAAACAUAAACUGCAAUACCUGCUGUGUACAAAACUUCUGUUAAUGAGAUAUUUUGAACAGACACUUCUGCUCCAGAAUGUGCUUGGAUACUUGGCCUCCUCUCACACAAGGAAACCUUUGUUCAAAUCUUGUAUGAUCCGUGUACUGCAAGUCUGGGUGGAUGGCAGUGCCAUAAAGCGCACCUCAUACCAGCAGCAUUACUACCUGUCCAAGGCCCUCUUGAUCUGUCUGUCGUUUGUAAAGGAGGGAGAGCAAAAUGAUUAUCAAGAGUGUCUGGGUAUACUGAUGAGGGGUAUGCAGUCUCAUCUGGGUAGUUCUGACCCUAAGAUUCGCUCCCUGGGGAUGGUAGUGGCAGAGAGCUUGACCAGAACCCUGCAGCCUCAUGGACCACAACUGACAUUUGAGGUGGACAAAGAUGAGAGUUCCGCACAAUUGAUCUCCCUGCUCGUCCCCCCUGAGGAUCCACAUACACAACAAGCUCACAGGAAUAUGUCAGGCCUGUCACUUGCUGCGGGUGACCAUAGGGGUGAGGUGAACUCUGGUGAUGAGGUACGGGGGAGCAAGCUACAGGUUACCACACAGCCAGACUUUAAAGAAGAGGAGCUUGACAGUGAUGAUGACUUUCAACCCUAUGACUUAUCAGAUGACAUCAAGGUUACAGAGGUCAUGACCCCUCACUACAUCCGGGACUGCAUGGAAGGUCUAAUAAAGCCGGAGAGCCCUGAUCAGACAGAGGCAUGCUUGAGAGCAGCGGGGCAGCUGAUCAGAACCAACCCUGAUGGGCUGACUGAGAUAUCAGUAGAAUUCAUGAAGAUUCUUCUUCACCUGUCAGAUGAGGAGUCCAUACCAGAGUUCUCUGCCCUUAGGUUCCAGGCGAUGGUGGCUCUUACCACAUGUUGCCCUGCUCAGGUAGCUGAGUACCUGACUGGAGAGUUUUAUGGGGAGAAUUACAAUCUGAGGCAGAGGUUAGACAUCCUUGAGGUGUUGUCCAGAGCUGCUCAGGAUCUGGCCUCUCCAGUUAAGCAGGGGGAGAGUGACAGACCCAAGGCUGUCCAGCAGGUCAGCGAGCUGUCGUCCCCAGAGUCCUGGCAAGAUGUGGUCAGAAAACGCAUUGAACAGAAGACACGGAGGUUUGCCAAAGGGUCUAGUCAACCGAAGCCAGUUUCUGUGGCUAAUAAAUUUGCACCAGUUGCAGGUCUCUUCUUCUUUCCACUGUUAUUGCAGUAUGACAGGAAGCAGAACACACUGGACCUGUUAGGGAGAGACAGCCUGGUCCUGAGUCGGCUGGUUUACACUCUGGGCGUAGUGAUACAUGCAGCUGUCCACACUCCUAUAGUCCGUCAGAUGGGAGCAACUGGACUAGAAUUCAUCUGGGCUCUCCGUUACCAUGGUGACGGGUCUGUGCGUCUGUCUGUACUGUUUACCUGUGCUAUGUUAUUCCUGUCUGUUCCUGCCAACUUCCUUGUCAACGAACUUCAGCAGGAGGUCACAGAGGUCAAACACUGGCUCCAAGAUGUGGCUGAGACUGAUGUGAACACAGAGUGCAGGAAGCUGGCUCUCCAGGCCUUGAUCCUGCUGGAUGCUGCUCUCACACAGGAGUUUCAAUCAGCAACAAUAUCUUGAGUUACCUCCCUUAGACCAUAGAUGACGGGUACAUUCUUAUUAGAAAGGAUCGUGUCAGUGCUUACCUCCCCUUUACUGUCAAUGAAUCCUGGCCGCCUUGGCCGUGAUACCAGAUGAAGACUGGCAUGGUGAGAGUGUGUUUCAUGCACAGAUAUGUCUGCCUUAACAGACAGUCUGGUGUGGUGCAGAGGUUGAGUGUAACUGGUACACAUGUCUGUGGUAACAGACAGUCUGGUGUCUGGUGUGAUGCACAGGUUGAGUGUAACUGGUACAUAUGUCUGUGGUAACAGACAGUCUGGUGUGGUGCACAGGUUGAGUGUAACUUGUACAUAUGUCUGUGGUAAGACAGUCUGGUGUCUGGUGUGGUGCACAGGUUGAGCGUCUGAUCUAACAGACACAAAUACCUGUUUCAUGAGACGUCCACGUAUUUGGUCCAGCUGUCUGGUGUGAAGAGAGGAAACUAGUGGAAUCGUCUGUAAUUCUCAGGUUUACAAAAUCUCACUGCUCAUUUCUAACACGUAUUUUGAGAAAUAAAGACAUUCUGAAUUUCAUUUAAAAUAUUUUUGUUUUCAUACUGGUUGUGGAGUCACAGUGCUCCAGAGUACAUAAAGGUCAUGUUUUUGUUUUCAUACUGGUUGUGGAGUCACAAUGCUCCAGAGUACAUAAAGGUCAUGUUUUUGUUUUCAUACUGGUUGUGGAGUCACAAUGCUCCAGAGUACAUAAAGGUCAUGUUUUUGUUUUCAUACUGCUUGUGGAGUCACAAUGCUCCAGAGUACAUAAAGGUCAUGUUUUUGUUUUCAUACUGCUUGUGGAGUCACAAUGCUCCAGAGUACAUAAAGGUCAUGUUUUUGUUUUCAUACUGGUUGUGGAGUCACAAUGCUCCAGAGUACAUAAAGGUCAUGUUUUUGUUUUCAUACUGCUUGUGGAGUCACAAUGCUCCAGAGUACAUAAAGGUCAUGUUUUGUUUUCAUACUGCUUGUGGAGUCACAAUGCUCCAGAGUACAUAAAGGUCAUGUUUUUGUUUUCAUACUGCUUGUGGAGUCACAAUGCUCCAGAGUACAUAAAGGUCAUGUUUUUGUUUUCAUACUGGUUGUGGAGUCACAAUGCUCCAGAGUACAUAAAGGUCAUGUUUUUGUUUUCAUACUGCUUGUGGAGUCACAGUGCUCCAGAGUACAUAAAGGUCAUGUUUUUGUUUUCAUACUGCUUGUGGAGUCACAAUGCUCCAGAGUACAUAAAGGUCAUGUUUUUUUUUUUGGAGGUUUUGUCUUAAGUUUGAUACAGGAUAAAGUUUUGGGACGUGUUUGUAUGGGUUUUUUUCAACGCUUUAAAGAGAGCAGUUUGGUCACAAAUUCCACUUACGUACGAGUUAUUAUUUCUGUCAGUAAAGAAGCCUGUGUUUGUGUACCUGUCACAUAGGGGUGUGUUUUUAGAAUUAAUUUUGUAUAGCUGUUAAUGAGCCACUUAAAGAACAUUAUCUGUUUUGUGAUAGUGAAGGUAUAUUUUUUUUGAUCCUUGUUUAACACCGUGCUCAUGAAUUUUUCACAUGUUCAGUUGCAGUCUGAUGUAAUUUGUGGGUCAACUGUUCACUAGCAUAUGAAGUCUACAUGACUGUGCCACCAAUGUUAAACAGGAGCUGAUCACUAGCAUAAAGCUACAUGAUUGUGCCACCAAUGUUUAACAGGAACUGAUCACUAACAUAUGAAAGCUGCAUGAUUGUGCCACCAAUGUU